UAUUAUAUUAUUCCAUCACCGAAAUCCUCCCUUUCUUUCUUGCUCGACACCACUCGCCGGCGAAAGAGGCGGACGAUGACGGGAGGCGCCGGCGUCACCAGUGACAGCGGCGGCGACGGUGGUCUUCUGGACGACGGGACAUCAAGAACAGGGCAAUGGGGUUCAUUCGAUUCGACGGUUCUUGAUGCCGAGUUCCAGUGGAGAGAUCGGCGGGGGACACCGCGAGAUCGUAGGAUGACAUCCGUUGGUUGUCGAAGAAGUCCACCGAUCGGAUGGAGGCGAGGAUAGUUGGGGCUACCGCCGAGCACGUGUCGUUAGGCUGGUGGUAACGGCAACCGUUUUCCCGGCAUUCCCGCGCCUCUAGACCUCUUCUCCUCCCUUCCUCGCUCUCUUUCUUGACGUUCCCGUGCCUAUAGAUCUAUCUAUUCUCCCUUUCCUUCCUCACUCUCACUCUCUCUCUUUGCCUUCCAUUCUUUGUUCUUGAUCUCCUCCAUCUCGAGCUCUCGACCUCGUCUUCUUCUUUUCUCUUCUCUUUUUCUUCCUUAGCUUCACCAAAGAAUGGAUGAGGAGUACGAUGUCAUCGUUCUUGGGACGGGCCUCAAAGAAUGCAUCCUCAGCGGUCUUCUCUCCGUCGACGGUCUCAAGGUCCUUCAUAUGGACAGGAAUGACUAUUAUGGUGGGGAGUCUACAUCCCUAAAUCUCGUUCAGCUGUGGAAGCGACUAAAGGGCAAUGACAAGCCUACAGAAAAUUUAGGUUCAAGCAAGGAGUACAAUGUCGACAUGGUCCCUAAGUUCAUGAUGGCCAAUGGUGCUCUGGUCCGUGUUCUUAUUCACACCGGUGUCACAAAAUAUUUAAAUUUCAAGGCUGUUGAUGGUAGCUUCGUAUACAACAAAGGGAAGAUCUACAAAGUGCCAGCCACUGAUGUUGAAGCAUUAAAAUCCACCUUGAUGGGACUAUUUGAAAAGCGUCGUGCCCGAAAGCUCUUCAUUUAUGUACAAGAUUAUGAGGAGAAUGAUCCAAAAUCUCAUGAAGGCCUGGAUCUCAACAAAGUUACGACCAAAGAGCUUUUUGCAAAAUAUGGGUUAGAGGACAACACGGUUGAUUUUAUUGGGCAUGCAUUGGCGCUUCAUAGGGAUGACAGCUACCUCAAUGAUCCUGCAAUAGAUACUGUGAAGAGAAUGAAGCUUUAUGCCGAGUCAUUGGCACGCUUUCAAGGAGGAUCUCCUUAUAUUUAUCCACUAUAUGGGUUGGGAGAGCUUCCCCAGGGUUUUGCUCGUCUUAGUGCUGUUUAUGGUGGAACCUACAUGCUCAACAAGCCUGAAUGCAAGGUAGAGUUUGAUGCCAAUGGAAAAGCUUAUGGUGUGACAUCUGAGAGUGAAACUGCUAAAUGCAAGAAAGUAGUUUGUGACCCUUCAUACUUGCCUGAUAAGGUUAAGAAGGUUGGAAGAGUAGCACGUGCUAUAUGUAUAAUGAGUCAUCCCAUUCCAAAUACCAAUGAUUCACACUCAGUGCAGAUUAUCCUGCCACAGAAACAGCUAGGGCGUAAAUCAGACAUGUAUGUCUUUUGUUGCUCUUACACUCACAAUGUAGCUCCAAGAGGGAAAUAUAUUGCUUUUGUUUCAACUGAAGCCGAAACUGACCAACCUGAGGUUGAACUGAAGCCUGGGAUUAAUUUACUUGGAUCUGUGGACGAGACCUUUUUUGAUAUUUAUGACAUAUAUGAUCCUGUCAACAAGCAUGAUGAGGACAAUUGCUUCAUAUCUACGAGUUAUGAUGCAACAACACACUUUGAGUCAACAGUCCAAGAUGUCCUCUCCAUGUACAGUAGGAUAACUGGGAAGGAGCUUGAUUUGACAGUGGAUCUGAGCGCUGCUAGUGCUACUGCCGAAGAUGCUUAGAUUUUCUACUCAACCUGAAUGAUUUGAGUGAAAGGAUGAUUACAGACUGAUUGAAGGUUUCUUUCUGUUUUUGUUUUCUAUUCACCAACCAUGAGAGAUUCCAUUGACCUUUCUGUUAGGUGAACAUUUGAAGCUCAGUUUUUAUUCAUUCUAAGUUCCAAUGAGUCAUUGCGUGCAGUGAAAUUAAUACAUUUGAGCAGAACUUUGCCUUCCAUUUUUACGGGCUUUUUUUGAUUGACCUUGUGGUGGGGGAUGUAUUUGCUGUUUGCCAGAGAAUUUGACAGGGUUGGUCAUAUUUGUCCUCGUGAUAACCAGGUAAUGCCUGAAUAUAGGCGCCAAGCCAUGCAGCAAUGCCCUGUUAAAUCUUAAAUACAAAUCGAACAGCUUGUUUUGUUA